AUGCAAGCUCAACAACUCCCCAUAGCUGGUGAUUUGGACCACACCUGGAACUUCAUCGAGCCCGGCUUGGGCUACAUCUUGGGCGAUGAAAAGGAACUGGUGGUCACCUCCAAAAUGUACAUGAACGUCUAUACUGCCGUGUAUAAUUACUGUACGAAUAAGUCGAGAAACACCAACGCCCAGAACUCUAGCCACCCCGGGUUAGAGAAAACCACCUACUCCCUCACAGGCUCAGAGAUCUACACCAAACUUGAGGAGUAUUUGGUCAAUUUCAUCAAGUCUAUGCACGCUGCCCCCAAUGAGCUGUUCUUGGAGUUUUACGUAAGAAAAUGGAAACGUUUCACCAUCGGUGCCGGCUACUUAAAUAAUGUCUUUGAUUACAUGAACCGGUACUGGGUGCAGAAGGAGCGGUCCGACGGACGAAAAGACAUCUUUGACGUCAAUACCUUAGCAUUGCUCCAGUGGAAGUACCACAUGUUCGACAACAACCUGAAGCUCAUCAUGGCUGAGAUUUUGGAUCUCAUCGAAAGGCAAAGAAACAACGAGAUCGUCGACACAAAUGUGAUCUCCGUAGCUGUCAAGUCCAUGGUAUACUUGGGAAUUGACACGAAUGACUUGAAGAAACCGAACAUGUUUGUUUAUGCCAAGUGUUUUGAGUCGGAGUACAUCGAGAAAACUGCUGAGUACUACCGCAGGGAGAGUGAAGCGUUCUUGUCCCAGCACUCGGUAGUGGACUACAUGAUCAAGUGCGAGAACAGAUUGGCUGAAGAAAUCUCUCGUUCCAAUAAUUACUUGGAAGAACGAAGCAAGAGACCCUUGCUAGACUCGUUGCACAACGUGUUGAUCAAGAAUCACGCCCAGGAGAUGUACGACCGUUUCUUGAAAUUGUUGGAGCAGAACGAGAUUGAGCACAUCACUAGAAUGUUCAAAUUAAUGUUCAAGGUUCCUUCCACAUUACAAGCUUUGGCCGACAGUCUAGAGAACUACAUUAAGAUCGAGGCCGCAAAGGCAAUCGAGGAGUUGAAGACAACUUCUGAGUCUAUAGACGCUCAGAAUGUCGAAGAAAAGCCAACUAGAAGAUCCGCACAAGGUGCUAUCAGCCCUAAAGCUUACGUUCAUACAUUGGUACUGAUUCACUCUAAGUUCAACGACGUGGUGUUUAAAGCGUUCAAGAAGGAUCCUAUUUUUAUCAAGGCAUUGGAUACUGCGUGCCGUCAUUUUGUCAAUGUUAAUGUGAUUGCUACGCCAACUCCUAAAUCAGCAAGCAAGACCCCGGAAUUGUUGGCAAGAUAUGCAGACGGAUUCUUGAAGGCAACUAGCAAGGAAGCCGACAUUUCCGAGAUGAAUGCUGACAACUUGAUCCUUGUGCUUAAGUACAUUGAAAACAAGGAUGUUUUUGAGAACAAUUACCGCCGGUUGCUCGCUAAGAGAUUGAUCAAUGGUAACACUAAGUCUGACGAGAUGGAGGAGGGUAUCUUGCAGAAAUUGCAGGAGAACAACUCGCUCGAGUUUACCUCCAAGAUCACCAAGAUGUUUCAGGACAUGAAGUCUUCCGAGGACUUGAAAAUCAGAGUUCGUGAGAUCAUGGGUUCUAAUGUUGUGGUAAGUGACUUCACUCCGUUGAUCUUGGCACAAAGCAUGUGGCCAUUCGUCCACAUCGAAGACUACAACCUCAAGAUUGCUCCUGAGUUGCAGAGGACCAUUGAAAUUGUGGAGGUUGAGUACACUAAGAAACAUAACGGAAGAGAAUUGAAAUGGUUGUGGAACCAUGGAAAGAGUGAAGUCAAGGCCAAUCUCGCCAGAAAGGGUAAACCGCCAUUCAUUUUCACUGUCACAAACGUGCAAUUGAUGAUUUUGUUGGCAUUUAACAAGUCUGGCACUUAUACAUACGAACAGCUCCAUGAGACUGUUGGCGUGAGCAAGAAUGUGUUUGAUGCACACUUGACACCAUUCGUGAAGUUUAAGUUGCUUGAGCAACAGCCGCCUACUCCAGCAAGUUUCUCCAACCCUACCACUACAUUUACGAUUGUUAACGAGUACAAGUCCAAGAAGUUGAAGGUUAAUUUCGUUAGCACCAUCAAGAGUGAACAGAAGCAAGAAGAGGACGACACUAACAGAGAAAUUGAUGAGUCUCGUAAGAACUACCUUACAGCCAGUAUUGUGAGAAUCAUGAAGGCCAGAAAGACUAUGAAGCACAAUGACUUGGUUAACGAAGUGUUGCUCCAGGCUCAAUCUAGGUUCCGAGCCAAACUAAUAGACCUCAAGCGUGCAAUUGAGUACUUGCUAGACAAGGAGUAUAUUGCGCGUUGCGAGGGUGAAUCAUAUGAGUAUUUAGCUUGA